AUGCCUGGUCUCGCGCGCAAGGUCCUCAUUUGCGCCGCCGUAGAAGGCCUGAUCAUCCAGCCGCUUUCCACCAAAGGCCAACGGCCUUUUAAGCCCGUACAAAUAAAGUAUGCCGAUGCAUCCAUAUCAUCCGUGUCUAGAGAGCAUAUUCCGGAUAUUUCAGCUGCAGACUCUUCUUUCGAAGCAUUUGGCGUGAUAGGCCUGAUUACGGUAUCGAAACUGAGCUACCUCGUUACAAUCACUAAGAGGAAACAAGUCGCCCAGAUUUUUGGCUUUCCUAUUUAUGUCGUUACUGGAGUUGCAGUCACACCUUGCACCUCGGAACCAGACGCGACCGCCUCGAUCCGUCGCACGGUGAGAUGGCUUGAUGAUGGGCCCCCCAAAGCAGAUCAAGAUAUCGAGAGCAGCGACGAGGAUGUGGAGCUACCAUCAGCGUCAGCCGACGAGAUCGACGAUGGUGAGAGUGAUGGAGGUGAUAACGACCUUCCAUCCUCUCGAAGCAGCGUCGCCGAGGAUGUGAUUCGUCGAAAGGGUAGCUAUGGUAGGUUCGCACAACGCUGGUUCAGCGCCCGAGGCUGGACAGUAGAUCAAAGGCGAACACUGGGCCUCAGCGAUACUUCAAACAAUUCCAAGCUGCCAGAGACAUUGGGCGGCCCUAGAAAGUUACCCGUAACUGAAGAGGACGCCCAGGGACCCGCUACCGCGCUGCUGCCAAAGCUCUUGAGAGCAAUGUACAUCCUUUUUGGAAAAUCGCGAAGCUUCUACUUUUCGUACGACAUGGACAUCACACGCCGUCUCUCCAACAAAUCACAAGCCGCGCAAGCGGAUGUUCCGCUUUACACUGGAGCAGAUGAAGUAUUCUUUUGGAAUAAGCACAUGAUUCGUCCGCUCAUUGAGGCUGGCCAAGACGACCUUGUUCUUCCACUGAUGCAGGGGUUUGUUGGGCAGAAGACAUUCAUUGCUGAUCGCAGCCCACCUCAAGUCGAUGAGCCCAAGAUGGAGUCUGUUGAGCUAAGCAACCUCACACUAAAAGAGCCUCCGGUGAACUCUGCCAGUUCGCGAAAUUCUCUCGAGUUGCGGCCCUCGGAGAGCAAAUACUCUUUGACACUCAUAUCACGCCGAUCAACGAAACGCGCAGGCUUGCGCUACCUGCGUCGUGGCAUUGACGAAAACGGGUUCUCUGCCAACAUGGUUGAGACGGAGCAAAUCCUGUCCCGCUCUAGUUGGGAUAACUCGUUUCCGAUUUAUUCGUUUAUUCAAAUCCGAGGCAGCAUCCCGCUAUUCUGGACCCAAACUGGGUACGCGCUGAAACCAGUGCCUGUUCAGCAGCAUUCAGCAGACGAAAACUACAAGGCACUAAAGAUGCACUUUGAGAGCCUAGCAAGAAACUAUGGACUGGUGCAAAUCGUCAAUCUAGUUGAGAAGCAAGGGGUUGAGAAGUCGAUUGGCGAUGCCUAUGAGAAGAAUAUUUUACGCCUGAAUGAAGAAGGUAGCUGUGGUCGCGUACCAUUUGAGUGGUUCGAUUUCCAUCAUGCAUGUCGCGGCAUGAAGUUUGAGAAUGUCAGCGAGUUGCUCUUGUUACUAAAGAACAAGCUGGAAGAGAUGGGCAGCACAGUGCAGAAGGGUGGAAACGUCACGACUUCUCAAAGCGGUACUUUCCGCACCAACUGCAUGGACUGCUUAGACCGAACAAACGUUUGCCAGAGCUCUUUUGCAAGGCAUAUGCUGGAAGUGCAGUUGAGGGCCGAAGGGAUAGAUAUGAGUGCACAGCUGGACCAGGAGACAAUGUGGUUCAACACUCUGUGGGCAGACAAUGGUGACGCGGUUUCGAAACAGUAUGCUUCGACAGCCGCUAUGAAGGGUGACUAUACCCGCACUCGGAAGCGCAACUACAUGGGCGCUCUAAAUGAUGCCGGUUUGUCGGUUGCACGCUUAUACUCUGGAAUGGUAAAUGAUUACUUUAGUCAAGCGGCCAUUGACUUUCUGUUGGGGAACGUUACCGGCAAAGUAUUUGACGAAUUUGAAGCCGACAUGAUGACCAAGGACCCUGCAGUCUCCGUCACGAGGAUGCGAAUCCGUGCGAUUGAUCUCUGCCAGAAGCGCGUGAUUGCAAAUGCAGAAGAAGAGGUUCAUGGAGGCUGGGUUCUCAUUAGCCCCAAUGCCGCCGAUGUAGUCAAAUCAUUCCCGAUGGAAGAAGUGGUACUGUUGCUGACCGAUGCGGCGCUAUAUUUGUGUCGAUUCGACUGGGAUCUCGACAAAGUAUCGUCAUUUGACCGGAUCGAUUUAGCAAAUGUGACGGGCAUCAAAUUUGGCACGUACAUCUCGUCUACGGUAUCGACCGCACAGAUGGACGAGCUGCGAAAUGUUGGGUUUGUGCUGUCCUAUCAGCCCGGAAAGAGUGACGUCAAACGGACCAACACUCGAACCAUAUCAUCACAGCAAGACUUGAUUGUUACGCCCACUGUAGACACUACGGAGAGUAGUGUGAAAAGACAAUCCGGGUUGGUUGGUUUUUUCUCUCCACGGUCCAAGGGGCCCACGGGGAGACAGUUUGCCUUCAAGGCCACAUAUACAGACUCCUCAACAGCGGCAACUCGGCCCGGCCCGAAGCAAACAGAAAUCCAGCAGGUUGUGACAAUUUGCUCUGAAAUCGAAAGGCUUGUCUUGGAUAGACAGCUCCGAAAAGAUGGGGAAGAGCCAAAGAGCAUCAUUGAGAAGGGCGACAUUAUUUCUCUCGACUCUGCCAAGCGAGACACUGGAUUGCUUGAGCAGCUUGGGCACACUAUUAAAAAGCUAGUCUGGGCAUAG